CUCACUCCAAAUAAAACCAAAAAAAAAAUUUUAGUUGAAGAAAUAUAAGCGUAAAUUGUGAUCCCUACGUAUAUAAUGUCAAUGGAUCGUCAGGAAGAACAACAAUUGGACAAACCAAUUAUGGAGCCUCCUGUUCUUAACAUCUCCGGACGGCGUUCAACGAAACCACAUCGCGUCAAACAAAAUAAAAAAACCUCUGCAACAUCUGCUGAACCAAUAUUUGAUAAUAAGCUAUUCCCAUUAAUGUUAAGUAAAAUAUUGUUGAAACCUGAGCCACCUGUAAAUACCAAACUGGCGCAAUACGAUCAUCGAUACUUGGGAGUUCUGUGCUUAAAAAAUAAGAAAACUAACGUAAAAAUUUAUCAUAUGUUUCCCACCCGCGAUAGUACUAUGCGCACAGACUAUGAUAACACCGGAAAGAUUUACGACGAUAAGCCGGAUAUUCAAAGUUGGAAUAAUGUAACAACAGAAGCCAUUUGCCCGGAGACUUUACGCCGCAGUGCGGUGACUUACUUUUCGAACGAGAAGUGGAACAAAGAUGGAAAUAUUAUGGAGGCGCAGUUUGAUGAGUGGGAAUUAUCAAACAAGCUUCAAGAACUACGAAUGCAGCAAAUCAAAAACUUGUUCAAUUAUAUAAAAUUCCUGAAAAUGAGUAAAAGUUGAUCAAAAGUAAAAUUGAUUUGU